UCUUUACGGCAGGUCGUAUUUCACUCCUCUAAUAUGGCGUUCCCCAUUUAGGCAGCGGCCGUGGUUUCUACCAUAGAUGGACGUGGGCAGUGCUGGGUUGAGGGUGUUGUGUGUGUAACCCAGACUGCGGGAUCUGCAGUUAAAGUUCGUUUCUGGUCACGACUCCAAAAACCCACCCUCCUCUUGAGGGUCAAGAAUCGCCGCUUUUUUUCUAGUUCCCGCAAGUUCCUCAUCUGUCCCUGGCUUGUUCCCCGCGCCACCUCCGGACACCUUCAAGUCCCUGAAACCCUCAGACUCAAACUAUGAGCCUUCGGCAGCUGCUUUUGCGCUUGCCCCGUUAUCUUGGGGCCUCGGGUCCCCUGCGUGGCCCCCUCGACACCAUCUCUUCGGUGAUCUCCUGUCGUGGUCAGUCCUCCAGGUCCCCGGCCCAGUGGAACCAAGUGGUGUCAGAGGCGGAGAAGAUCGUGGGCUACCCCACGUCCUUCAUGAGCCUCCGUUGCCUGCUGAGCGACGAGCUCUGCAACAUCGCUAUGCAGGUGCGGAAGCUGGUGGGGACUCAGCACCCUCUGCUUACCACAGUCAGGUGGUGGAGAGAAGAUGGGGAACAAUGCAGUUUCCAGAUGUCAAGGUCUAAGGGUCUUGUACACGACAGACAGAAUAACCUCCAGUUGAGGGGCUUGGUGGUGUUACUUAUUUCUAAGGCAGCUGGGCCCAACAGCGUGAAUGCUUCGUGUCAAAACUAUGACAUGGUCAGUGGGAUCUAUUCAUGUCAAAGAAGUUUGGCAGAGAUCACAGAACUUAUCCAUACUGCUCUCCUUGUACAUCGUGGGAUUGUAAAUUUAAAUGAAUUGCAAUCUUCUGACGGGCCACUGAAAGAUAUGCAAUUUGGAAAUAAAAUAGCUAUCCUGAGUGGAGACUUUCUUCUAGCAAAUGCCUGCAAUGGACUCGCCCUGCUACAGAACACCAAGGUUGUGGAACUUUUAGCAAGUGCUCUUAUGGAUUUGGUACAAGGAGUAUACUAUGAAAAUUCUACUUUAGCAAAGGAAAAUUGUAUCACAGAUGAUAUUGGAAUAUCGACUUGGAAGGAGCAGACUUUUCUCUCCCAUGGUGCCUUACUAGCAAAGAGCUGCCAAGCUGCAAUGGAAUUAGCAAAGCAUGAUGCUGAGGUUCAGGAUAUGGCAUUUCAGUAUGGGAAGCACAUGGCUAUGAGUCAUAAGAUAAAUUCUGAUCUCCAGCCUUUUAUUAAAGAAAAGACCGGUGACUCCUUGACUUUUAAUCUAAACUCAGCUCCUGUAGUCUUACACCAGGAGUUUCUUGGAAGAGAUUUGUGGAUAAAGCAGAUCGGAGAGGCUCAAGAGAAAGGAAGAUUAGACUAUGCUAAGCUCCUUCAAGCCAGGGAUAGGACCCGAUCUCCACGGUGGCUCUCUGUGCAGUGGAGGGGAUGGUUGGCUCCUCCUUUUACACACAUGCCUUCUCAAAUUUGCGAGAAACAAUCAAAGCUGGCAAAGGUGUGACUUCAGCUAUUGACCUGUGUCGUUACCAUGGAAACAAAGCAUUGGAGGCCCUGGAGAGCUUUCCUCCCUCGGAGGCCAGAACUGCUUUAGAAAACAUUGUGUUUGCUAUGACAAGAUUUUCCUGACACCAAAUUAAAAAGACUGUUGUUCGUUGGCUGAAAAAAUUGAGGAAGGAGGUGAUCGGCAGAGCUUUCAUGAUGAAAUAUCUAAAUGUGUUAAUGACUUCAACAAUAUAUACAUUUUUUUUCUUCUUUUUAUCACACUGCUAAAUGAAUACUGCCUUCUUUUUGGAACUGCUGCAAACAAAAUUAGAAGAAAAAAGGUCAAGCAGUUUUCAGUUGUCAUGCCAGAAGCACACUUGAGGCUUCAGUAGCAGAAAUAAUUAAUGAGAUUCGCUCCUGUGACCUCAGCAAAUGGACAGGAAAUAAGUCGUUAUUGAUUGGACCGAGCCAGGGAUGGCGCCAGGGCGGUGGCCUGUGGUUUUCCUUCUAGAGAGGACAGGGCAAGCUGGGAGCUGCAGGUGUCAAGAGAAACGCUAUCAGUGCCGGCCAGGGAGGACUGUCAAAUGAAAACCCAGUGACCAAUUUGUCAUAAUGGAGGGUAGUCUAAUGAUUAAGAAAAACACAUGCUUUGUCUUCUCGCAACUAUGUCUUUGUAUUUAUAGAUACAGUCUGGAUAUACUUUUUGCUUCUUGGUUUUUGUAAGAUUUGGGGGAGGAGGGUGGAAAUUGUUGAAAAAAUAAUGCCAAAUAUUUGAAGUAGGAGAUUAAAAUGUUGUCAAAUAUUAACUUGGUUAUAGUAGAAAUUGCCUGCUUUUCUUUCUGGACCAAAUUUUUUUUCAAGUGCAUUUCAAAGAACCAAACUUGUUUUUUUCUUUUAAGCUGAACCAGGAUGCUUUUUUUCUUUUUUUUUUUAAGUAAAUGUAUUCAUUUGUAAUACUUUGGUGUAAAGAAUACCCUUAAUUUUUAAAAGCGUCAGAUAUAUAGUUGUUGUACUGGGGAAUUCAUUGGUGAGUUUUGAUUGUUUGUUUGUUUUUAACCUCAGAAUGUCAGAUUUUGGUCUUGAACCACAGACUUCGAAUUACGGAAAGAAUUGCAGUCUCACAGGCCUGCAAUCGGACACUGUCUCUGUGUGGUUCAUAGGAGAUGAUUUUUGCGGUUUGGAGGCAGGCAAUAUGAGAACACCGUUGACAAGAAGGCUGAGUUUACAUAAAUGAUCUAGGUUGAGACUCAGCCACCUUUCUUCCUUAUGUGGUGUAAUUACAGCCCUAUCUGGAGACAUCGAACACAGCAAACAUAUUUUAUUACCUACUUCACUCAAACACUGUAAGUGAAGUCACUUUAGUUAAAUUCCUUCUCCAAAAGUUACAAAAUCAUUUUAGCAGGACCCAGCAUGUGGCAUGCAAUGAAGAGAAAAUGGAAGUUACAGAGGUUAAGGUAUUGCAUUAUGAAAUAUUUUUAAGCAUACUUGAAACAUUGUAAUUGUGCAGUUUACGCUGCUAUAAUUUGAAGGCCUAUAGAUUUAGCUGAAGAGAACACAGCACUCUUCUGUUUGAAAUGUCUUUUCUCACAGAAAUUGGCUUAAUUAGUAACUAGGGUUAGAUGCUUUAGAUCAGACUAGGUUUUAAUCAUUAACUUCCACAAAGGAGGAGGCUUGCUUUGUGUUCUCUGGCUGUGCAGGAACUUCAGCAAGCUGUAGGUUUUAUCAAACGGAUGGUCAGGCACCGGGGAACACAGCACAGGAUUCUAGGGCUCUUCUAAGUCUGCUUGAGCACCAGGUUCACCGUGUGACCUUGAACAAGGCACUUCCCUCUGAGCCUCUAUUUCCGCAUUUGUAAAAUAAGGUUAAACGGAAAUACGUGAAGUCCCCUCCACCUUUGCUUUAUUGUCGAAAAGUUUCCCAUUUCUGACUCUCUAGAUAACAGAGAUGCUAUGUGAGAUUCAGGGAAGAGAGAAGGUGAAACCCAAAGACAGGUGAUGAAAGAGUGCAUGAAUCUUAAUGGCUGCCUUCUCGCCCAGCUGCCCCACAGGUGACCGAAAGAAUUCCCAGCUUUCCAGUUGUGUGAUUUACAGUCUUGAACUCGUUUCAGCACCCGCCUUUCUGCUUUCUUUGGUAUGUUUCCUACCUCCCUCUCAUCUCCCCAGAAGCUCUGCCAGCCUCUGUCCCCUCUCCUGUACCUCGUGUCCUGGCUCCCUGGAAGCAGCAGCUCUGCCCUCACUGUGGAGUGACAGCCCUGUCUUUGUUAAACCUCCUGUGUUGGCUUAGUCACUCUAAAGUAUUAAACACUGAUGGUCUUCUCCACUCCCCUUCUUCAGGGAUAUUUAUUUAUUCAUCCAUUCUAAACCCUUGUAACUUCGGACAGUCUCUAGGGGGAAAUUUGGGUGCAGUGAGACACAUUUAAUUACACUUUUUUGGCCUAGUGCCAGGGUGCUGUCAGGCAGAGUUAGUGACUUUAGUAUGCCACCUCCUUCCCCCUCUGCAUCACCGUAGUCUUUUGCUAGAGGGAAGAAUUCAUUCAUUAGCCACUGUCCUGUUCCUUCCACCUGGACUUGCGAACCUCACUCACUUCAGCCCCUGAGCCACCUGACUUCUGCCUCCCUGUCGGUCUUUUCUUCAGGCUUAGUGAGGGCUCUGCGGGCAUGCCAGGCACUCUGCUGAAGGCUUUAACAGUGCUAUCUUGUUCGAAUCCCAUAGCUACUCUCUGGGGCUAAGACUUAUGCCCCAUUUAUAGAUGCAGGAGCCAGCAGAGAGGACCACCUCUGCCUGACUGGCUUGCCUUCACACUCCCCUCCCCAUUUUAAAGUCUUUCCAGACAGCGCCUCUUUCUCUCUUCCUUUUCUUCUCUUUCCAGAUAAGACUCUACUCUUUUCCAAAGGUGCUUCCCAGGUGGCGCAGUGGUAAAGAAUCCGCCUGCCAGUGCAGGAGACGCAAAAGACGCAGAGACUUGGGUUCGAUCCCUGAGUUGGGAAGAUCCCCUGGAGGAUGAAAUGGGCAUGCCACUCCAGUAUUCUUGCUUGGAGAAGUCUAUGGACAGAGGAGCCUGGUGGGACUACAGUCCAUGGGGUUGCAAAGAGUCAAACAUGACUGAGCACGCACGCAUCUAUUGACACUCCAAAGAUCUUCAGCCUGCAGCCUCCUGUCUCAUGUCUCUGGUUUUGAGUCUUGGGUUUCCUCUGCUGGCUAUGAAUGUGCUCAGUUCUCCCUUAAAUGAAAUUUCCCUCAUUUCCCCUGUUUAUCCUUCCACCUCCACUCUUUUCCUCCUAGCAUUAGCAGUACACCUUCCUACAGGCUACUAUUUAACCUUUGCAGUUCAUCAUUCACUGAAUUCACUACUGAGUCCCCACCAUCUGGACCAGCACUGGCACUUCAGAUACUCAAAGACAUUUAAAUCUAUCAGGUCUCACAGCACUGCUCCACGGAGAUGCCUUCUUGCUCACAGGUGGUGGCCUCACUGUAAAAUUUACAGCCAUACCCCUGCACACAGACAUCCUACAUAAUUUUACGUAGCCAGCUGCAGCUUCCUCCCUCACCCCCCAGCACCUGUGAUCCACUUCCACUCUUCUCAACUACCCUUCUUUGGUGUCUCACACAUUCUCGCUCUCAGUCCCACCCCUAGAGACAUUCUUUUCUACAAUGUAAGGUUCUAUUUCCCCAGGACUACAAAGCGGUUUCCUGUGCCACUGUCAGCUUCCUUUAAUUCCCCCAACUUAGAAAAACAGUUUCUAAAGAACAGUUAUCAAUUAGAUACUGAUUAGAUAGUUAUUUGCCAUAUUCCCUGGUGGCUCAGAUGGUCAAGCGUCUGCCUGCAAUGCGGGAGACCCAGGUUCAAUCCCUGGGUCGGGAAGAUCCCCUGGAGAAGGAAAUGGCAACCCACUCCGGUACUCAUGCCUGGAAAAUUCCAUGGAUGGAGAAGCCUGGUGGGCUACAGUCCAUGGGGUUGCAAAGAGUCAGACACGACUGAGCAAACUGCAAAUCAACUACUCUGAAAAAAGAUAAGGAUUAUGACUAUCAUUAAACUUGGUUGUGCGCUUUACUUGAUGACAACAUUAAAUCUGCAUCAUGUUUUUCUGCUCCUAUAAUGUAGUUACCUAGUCACACCUAAAAAUAAAUGAUGGGUGACACUGUG